AUGCCUAUAAAUGGAAAUAAACCCCUCAAACUUCAGUUUGGGCUAAUUAAUUAUGAGAACCGCUACCUGACAGCAGAAGCUUUUGGGUUCAAAUUGAAUGCUUCAGCUCCAAGUCUCAAGAAGAAACAGAUCUGGACUCUCGAGCAAGAUGAAAAUGACAGCCAAGUGGUGUACCUGCUCAGCCACCUAGGCCGCUAUCUUUCAUCAGACAAAGAUGGCAAGGUGGGUUGCGAGGCAGAGACACGAGAAAAGGAUUGCAAGUUUAUUAUUGUGGCACAGUCAGAUGGUCGUUGGGCUCUGCAGUCUGAGCCACACUUGCGCUUCUUUGGCGGGUCUAAAGACCACCUGUCCUGCUUUGCUCAGACCAUCGGUGAGGCUGAGCUCUGGACUAUGCAUCUGGCUCUUCACCCACAAGCAAACUUAUUAAGUGUAGCCCGCAAGCGUUAUGCACAUUUGUCCCUUCCUGAUGGUGAAAUAGCUGUGGACAGCAACAUUCCUUGGGGUGUGGAUGCUCUUCUAACCUUAGUUUAUGUUGAUGGCAAGUACUGCUUAAAGACCAGUGACAGUCGUUUCUUAAGUAAUGAUGGAAAGCUGCUGUUUGAAAAUGGACGUGGAACAGUAUACACACUGGAACUGAAAUCAGGCAAAUUAGCCUUUAAAGACUGUGAAGGAAAGUACUUGAGCCCAAUGGGCCCGACAGGCACUCUCCGUUCAGGACGUUGCUCCAAACCAGGAAAAGAUGAGUUAUUUGACCUGGAGGAAAGCCAUCCACAGGUGGUGUUUCAGGCUGCCAAUAACAGAUUUGUCUCAAUUCGACAAGGGGUGUGUAUCUCAGCAAAUCAGGAUGAUGAAACAGACAUGGAGACAUUUCAAAUGGAGAUUGAUAAAGAAAGCAAAAAAUGCAAAUUCAGGACAAAUGAAGGAAACUACUGGACACUUGUAGCUCAUGGAGGCAUCCAGUCUACAGCCAAAGAAGUGAGUGCCAACACCAUGUUUGAUAUUGUGUGGCUUGGACGACGAGUGGCGCUACGAGCUAGCAAUGGAAAAUAUAUUUGCAUCAAGAAGAAUGGCCAGCUUGCUGCAGUCAGUGACUCAAUAGGUGAGGAUGAGCAGUUGAUAUUAAAGCUGAUCAACAGACCCAUAAUAAUCCUGAGGGGUGAGAAUGGAUAUGUAUGUCACCACAAGAACUCCAAUACAAUGGAUGCAAACCGCUCAGUUUAUGACAUCUUCACCUUGCAGUUCAGUGAUGGGUCGUACCAUAUUAAAGGUGCAGGGGAAAAGUACUGGUAUGUAUCCAGCACUGGUUUGGUGUGUUCUGAUGGAGAUACACCAGAGGACUUUUGCAUUGAGUUCUUAGAACACGGCCGCAUAGCAAUAAGAGGCAAAAAUGACAAGUAUCUGCGAGGAGACCAGGGAGGCACACUGAAAUGUGAUGCAGGAUCUGCAGACAGCUCAUCUCUCUGGGAAUAUUGA